AUGGCGAAGCACUUCGGUUCUGAUUCAGACGUCAACUCAAUGAAAUGGCAAUUUCGCGGUAUCAGAGCUGGUGCUAAGAUACAACAAGAUGCGUUAGCCAACGGAAAGGAUCCCAAAGACUUCAACGUCCUUGUUAAUCCCGACUCCAGAAAGCGCGAUGGCAAGUCUGCUUGA